AUGUUGCUGUUCUUUCUUGGAUCAUUAAUAUGCCUUGCGACUGCUCAUCAGCAGGCUUCCUUCCCAGGAUCUCAACAGAACGAUCCUAACGUACACCACCAGCAACAGCCUGCUCAGCAAGUUCCUCCUGCACAGUUUGGAGGAGAACAGGCUAAAGAUGAACACCAUAUCAAGGAACAUUUGGAUGGUAAAGUUGAUCCAACUGCCAACAUGACACCUGAACAACUUCAAUUCCACUAUUUCAACAUGCACGACUUGGAUAAGAACGGCCGUUUGGAUGGCAUAGAGUUAAUCAAAGCAAUUACUCAUUUCCACUCAGAAAACCCAAGCCCACAACACCAAGGAAGCAAUCAGCCACCACCACUCCCAAGCGAAGUGGAACUCGAGUCAAUGAUUGAUUCAAUUCUUAAAGACGAUGACUUUGAUGCUGAUGGAUUUAUCGAUUACGGAGAAUUCUUGAAAGCUCAAAAGAUGAGAGAGGAACAAGCUGCUAGACAUCAGCAACAAAUGGCUAACCAAAAAUAA